AUGGACAACCUACCAGGAUCAAGGAGCAUCCUCAAGUCGCUGGCCUCGACGACGCCGAGCCCACGCCGCCCCGACGCCCGCCAGGUCGCCAUUGAGCACGCCCGCAUCCUUCAGCAGCGCAAAGACAUGGAGGCCAGCAUCCUUGACGAUCUCAUCCUCCUGUCCGAGUACCCCCAACACACGACGGACCCAGCCAACCCCGACCCCCGCGACGUCGCCGACUUCAAGGCCCAUGUUCGCCUCUUCCAGCCCUCCGACUACGACGACCUCAUCGAGGAGCGCAACGUCAACGGCCUGUGCGGCUACACGCUAUGCGGCCGACCCAGGCGCAAGAGCGGCCCCGGUGGCGAGUGGACCAUCUCGGCCUCGAACCAGAUUGUCCGCCGCCGUGACAUCGAGAUGUGGUGCUCGCAGCGGUGCGCUCGGCGCGCACUCUACGUCAAAGUCCAACUCAACGAGACGGCCGCCUGGGAGAGGGCCGGCAUCCCAGACAUCGAGAUCGACCUCUUUGAAAGCAGCAACGACCCCAACGAGUCCGAGGUCGAUCGGACCGCCCGCAGGGUGGGCGAGAUGCAGCUCAACGACCAGCGCCAGGCUGCCAAGGACAGCGCUGCCCUCGCCUUGGAACGUGGAGAUAGUCAGUCGGCGAAGCCAACCUUCAAGGUUGCCUUGCGAGAAAAGAAAAAUAUCCGGCCUCCAACCGAGACUGCUGCAGACGAGUUUGACCAGGAUAGCCAUCUCAUGGUGGAUAACUACAAGCCCAAGACGGGGGACAGGUCGAGAACUUUCACGGAACAGGUACCGUAG